AUGAAGUCUGUCACGUGCCACUGGGCGUGCCCCUCGGUCCCCACACUGCUCGCUGAUUGCGACAGCUCCUCCAAUUCCUCUUUCUCUCUCUAUUUAGCCGCUGAGACGCGUCGACGGCGAGGUCUAAGGGCUGAUAUCGAUGCGGAGACAUGCUCGGACGUGUCGGUGGUAGAUGCGUCGUCGUUAUCCAGUCUAGGAGUGCACGCCGCAGAGCUAACUAAUACCACACUGACAGAGCUGUACGAUGACUGUUUCAUUGCAAACCUAACGGGCAAUAGCGUCGCUAAAGCACGCGAUCUGCAGCUCCCAGAGACGCUGCAGCAGUUAUACUUGAGCCAGAAUCAGCUCACGAGUCUCGAGAUUCCCGAAAGCUGGCGACACCUUGACCUGCUGGACGUGUCAGAAAACCCUAUCGCCAACAUCACAGCGGAAGGGAAGGACGGACCGAAAAUUCUCGUCGCGACGAACACCAAUCUUGUCUCAAUGGAAGACGCCGUGCUUUCAUCAACGAUGCGGCAACUGGAUGUGUCAUUGACGCCAAUUGUUCACUGGGGGAACUUUACACCGCCGACAGACUUGUCCGAUCUGGACUUUUCGGGAAACAACAUCAAUAUUAUUCGAGGAGUGCGGUUCCCACCCAACCUUCGCAAUCUAUUUCUUAACGGGAGUCGUGUGACCCAAUUUGAAGUGUGCAAGUCCGACUUGGAGGUUCUUGAGCGGAUCGAGGCCUUCAAUGUAACAAGCCUGACUCUUCCAGAGAACUCGUGCUCAGACGAAGCCAUAUCGACACCAGUUACGAUAGCUGACACUACGUACUCGCUCUGUGUGCUGACAGAUGCCGCUUUUGACGAGAAGUAUCAGGCCCAUAAAGUGUCGUCGUCAACGUCUCUCACGACGCUGCUACUGCUGCUGUUCUCGGUUGCGUCGGCAGUCUUCAUCCUGCUGAUGCUCUUCGCUAUCAAGCGGAAGAUCAUCGAUGAGCGUCGAGCGAAGGCAGCACGUACUGAGAAGCUGAAAAGUGAACACGCGCCAAGCGAGGGAAGCAGCGAAGACGAAGAGAGCGACAAGAUGAAGAUGAGCUCCGCUAUUCUGACCGAUGACGUGCGCAGCGACCCAGACUUUGAGCGCUAUCGGAUCCCCCAACACGACCUCGAGGUUGUCCAGCAAUUAUCCAAAGGAGCUGGUGGUGUCGUCCACCUCGCGAUGUGGAAACCAAAGAACCAGCAGGUGGUGGUGAAACGUGUGGCCCCUGAGAAGUCCAAAAGUGUUCGUGAACUCCAGAGAUUUACUCGAGAGAUCCGUCUGUAUGGCAGCUUGAAGCACCCGAAGAUCGUAGCAUUCCUUGGCAUCUCGUGGUCCUUCCUGGCUGAUUUAUCCCUGGUGCUUGAGUAUAUGCCUAAUGGGGAUCUAGCGCGGUUCUUGGAGAGACAGCAGAUGCUGGACGGUCAGCGUCGAGGGUGGAGCUGGUCGACCGACGAGGACUCUGGUUUUAAACACAGUAAGCUGACGAUGGCUCUAGAUGUUGCCGAUGCUCUGGUGUAUCUUCACUCGUUCGCAGAGCCCAUAAUGCAUCGCGACUUGAAGGCACAGAACAUAUUGCUCAGUAACAAGUGGGUGGCCACGAUCAGCGACUUUGGCGUGAGCAAGAGACACAAGCAGCGCAAUGAAGAGCGAGGCGUGUCUUCUGGUGGACCUCAGACGGCGGAGGUGGGUACUGCUGCGUGGAUCGCGCCCGAAGUGAUCAAAGGCGCGCGGUACGACCAGAAGGCUGAUAUUUAUUCCUUUGGCGUGGUCAUGUGCGAGCUGGACACAUGUACACGACCGUAUGCGUUGGGUGUUGCCAGCUCACAUUCUGCUUCUGGGAUGACGUCGUCCACAUCAGCUUCCAAUGCUUCAGACGACGAACAAGUCAAGAGUCUAUUGUCGUCUAACGCCACACUGGCGUUGGCUGUGAGCGAGAACGGAGUGAUGCCAGCGUUUCAUUCGGACUGUCCGCGAGCGAUCCUGGACCUAGCUCGGAUGUGUUUAAGCUAUGACCCGGGGGAUCGACCGACAGCGAAGGAACUUUGGCGUUUACUACAGGACUUGACUGCGCCUGGAGCUUUACUGACGACCUCGCGCAAGGCGACGCUGACCGAGUCGCUACGACACGUGAGUACAAGUGCGUGA